GGUCUGAGGGUUUUUUAGAAAUGUAGGCUCAAAGUACUAUGGCAGCAGUAGUUUUGGCAACUGCGGGGUAUGAUCACAAGAUCCGAUUCUGGGAAGCCUCAUCACGCGUGUGCACUCGCAUAGUUCGUCAUCCCGACUCUCAAGUAAACUGUCUGGCCAUUGCUCACGACAAAUUCUAUCUUGCCGCCGGUGGCAACCCGCACGCGAUGAGCGGUGUCCGUAUUUUUGAUGUGGUGAAUUCUUCGAACUCGUCACCCAUUGCCGAAUUCUCGCAUGGCGGCAACGUGACUUCCGUUGGAUUCCAGCACGACCGGAGUUGGCUUUACUCCGCGUCGGAAGACGGAACCAUUAAAAUCUGGGACUUGCGGGCACCACCUCGAUGUCAGCUGACUUACACAACCGUGGGCGAGGAUGGACGACCAUGUGCCUGUAAUGCAGUUGCGUUGCACCCAAAUCAAGGCGAGCUUGCCUCCGCAGAUCACGCCGGCCUUGUCCGUAUUUGGGACCUUGCUGCAGAUAAAUGUGCUACAGAGCUCCGUUCAACGGAUGGGAGGCUCUCGCCUGUCCGAUCUGUUGCGAUUGCAAGCGAUACUAGCUACCUGGUUGCUGGCACCAACGAGGCAAACGUUUAUGUUUGGCGUCCAGUUCAAUCAAAAACAUAUGAGCUUGAACAUGUAAUUGAGGCCGCCCACGAGGAUGGCUCUGAUCAUGCUUAUAUCCUUAAAUGUGGCAUUUCUCCCGACGCUCAGCUUCUUGUUACAACAUCUUCGGACAAGACAGCUAAAAUUUGGUCGGUCAACCGCGGUUGGGCCCUUGAAAAGACUCUAGCGCAACACCAACGCUGGGUGUGGGAUGCUUGCUUUUCUGCGGACUCCGCCUACCUCGUGACGGCAUCUUCAGACCAUUCGGCACGCCUAUGGGAUCUCCAGUCAGGCGCUGCAAUCCGCUACUAUUCUGGACAUUCACUUGCCGUCACUUGUUGCGCUCUCAACGAUUCUUCUGUUUGAUUGAUGCAGCUCAUCGAGGUGUGUCUUGAGACUUUGUGUGAGUUCAACCUGUUGAGAUGUCCUGCUUUUGGCCGGAACGCCCGGCGGAGUCGGGAAUUGGAACGACGAGCGCCUCUCAGUCAUCCGACUUAUCAAGCGUGUGGAAAUUCUGGGAAUCGGAACGUCUGGCUCAACCGGCCAGCUAACCGAUGCUUGAACGCCGAAAUUCGACGCGAGAUGAGGGCACGCGCGGCCCAGAUUGCGCCAAGGGGGCUACAGCAGCCUUAGGCCCAGUGGUGUCGCCAAGAGGUGCUCGCUUGGCCCAAGCGCGGCCCGGGGUCUGUGCCCGGGGCCUGCCCAGCCCUAUUGCGGGUAGCAGUGACGAGCUAGAGUUGUGAAGUUCACUUUUGGACGGCCUGAGUAAUCAAAAUAAUUGC